CUCGCUACUCUGGUUUAAAUAAAUGAUUACAAAGCCCAGUCGAAUUGUAAUCAAGACCCAUGAUAUUAUUGCAAUAAUAUGAAAUAUAUUAUUCAAUCCACGACUAGCACGCAACAGUUAGAAUGGAAACCACCAACAAAAGCCAAAAACGGAAAAAAGCGGGCGCAGAGAACAAAAAGGCAAGGAAAGCAAGGAGGGAAGAAAAUGAAAAACUUGGAUCGUCCAUGAAAAGCUAUUUCACAAAAUCAAGCAAAUCAUCAUAUGGAGACGAUGCUUUCAGUAAUGACCAAGAUGCUCUAAAAGUUGCAGGAGACAAAAAGACUAAGUGAAAGCAAAGAUGUAAAAGAUGGUAUAGAAAAUGCAAGCCCAGACAAGCCAUAUGAUGUGGAUGACAAAAACGACGUAGAAGAUGAGAUCGAAGUGGGUCAAGAUCCUGUAAGUCUUCCAGAGUUCUAGCGGACGCGAAGUUAGUGAAGGGAAUGCUCGGGACGACGAGAUGGACGUGCAAGAAUCUGCAGUGCCUGGUGUAGCAACUGCAUCUGAGUUCGAUCCUGAUUCAUCUGCCGAAUUUAAUAACAGCAGAUUUCGCGAUAGAAUUACUGACUUUGAAACCGGACAUCCAGUUCUUAACGAAGCUUUGAAUAUAUCAAUACCGAAUCGGGGCGAAGAAGGCACAAUCAUCAUUGAACAGUGGAUGCUCCGGAGAAAUCCGAUAGCUUUUGUAAAUGAUGGAGGGAAUGAAGCCAAUGAUCCCGCGUUACUUGUUGGCAUGAAGUUCGCCGGGAAUAGAGGAUAA